AUGAAGACAAGAUCACAGACACGCGUUGAAGAUGAAGAAGCAGUAUCAGCAGAAGAAAUUUUAUGGAGAUUCACUAAUCCACAGACUCCAUACGAUGUAGUACAAAUAGAAAAGUAUGUACGAGAUGAAAGACAAAAGAGGGAUAAUCAUCCUCAAGUUCCUGGUGAUGAACCAGACCAACAAAAUGAAGAAGAAGCUGUUCUUGGUGAUGAUCUUUUGAGUGCUGGGGAAGAAAACAUAGAAGAUGAUAUUGUUGUUGAAGAACCAGAUAAUGGAAACCAAGAAAAUGCUGUUCUUGGUGUUGCUAACGAACCAAAACAAGAGAAUGAAGAUGUAGAUGAUCUUAGUCAACCAAGAAACGAAGAAGAAGAUCAUGGCGCUCCCUCUGAAGUUGAUGAAGAAGAUAAAGAUGCAGAUGAUCUUCUUGAAUCAAGAAAUUCAGAAGAACCGGAUGUAGUUUCAGCUCAUGGUGAUGAAGAAAAUAAAGAUGGCGAUGGUCUUCUUGAACCAAGAAAUGCAGAAGAACAAGACGGCUCAUGGUGA